CUUAAUUGUAAAUCUUAGUCAAGGUUAGAUUUUUGGCACCCAUUAUUGGCAAAACUGAGCUGGGGUUGUUGUGGUUUUAAGAAAUAAUGUGCCCAUUGCUUGUUCAUAUUAGUUUAUGAGUUGGGUUUAAUGAAUCUAAAAGGAAGCAAGAGGAUAUGGCUUUCCGAGAUUCCAUAUAGGUGACUACAGUUAGUUUGAUCCAAGAAGAUUGCAGAAACAGGUGUUUCUAGCAUGCCUAUUUCCUAAAAUGUCUUGGAUACAAUCUCAAAUCAAGCUAAACAACGGUCCUUUGGGUUACCAUCCUCACUCUCUACUUUCUUCUUCCUCUCCUUCAUUGCCGUACAAUAGUGAUUACCAAAAGCAACCAAACCCUCCAUCAUCAUCAUCAUCUUCAGGUAGUAAAAUAAGCCCAGCUGUUUUGUUCAUCAUAGUUAUUCUCGCUGUUUUAUUUUUCAUAUCUGGCCUUCUUCACUUGCUUGUUAGAUUUCUCAUGAAGCAUAGGUCUCCCUCAUCAGUAUCCGAAUCUAACAGAUACCCAGAAAUGUCAGGGUCUGAUGCUUUCCAACGACAGUUGCAACAACUCUUCAAUCUUCACGAUUCAGGUGUGGAUCAAGCUUUUAUAGAUGCUCUGCCUGUGUUUCUUUAUAAGGAAAUAAUGGGGUUGAAACAGCCGUUUGAUUGCGCAAUUUGUCUAUGUGAAUUCUUGGAACAAGACAAAUUGAGAUUACUUCCUAUGUGCAGUCAUGCUUUUCACAUAGACUGUAUAGACACAUGGUUGAUGUCUAAUUCUACUUGCCCUCUCUGUAGAGGGACCCUUUUCACACCUGGGCUUCCAAUUGAAAACGCAGUGUUUGACUUCGAAUAUCCUAGGCAAGAAAAUAUGUUAUCAAGCAAUGGAGGAACGGGGGUGUCGCUUGGCCCCAAACCAGCAGAGAAUGACAUUGGAAAGAGGGUGUUUUCUAUCAGGCUAGGCAAAUUUAGAAGUUUGAAUAAUGGAAGAGAAGUAGAAGGAGAAGGUGUAUUAAGAGGAGAGGGAGAGACGAGUAGUAGUAAUUUGGAUGCAAGGAGAUGUUACUCACUGGGGUCAUACCAAUAUGUGGUUGCUGAUUCAGAUUUACAAGUAGCUCUAUGCCCCUGUAGAGGAGGCAAUGCUAAUGCUAUGAAGCUUGUGAAAGGGACAAUUGGACAAAAUGGGAAUUCAGCAAAUGAUGGGGAUGUAGAGGGAAAGAAAAUUAACAUUAGAAGUAAAGAUGAAAGCUUUUCUGUUUCCAAGAUCUGGCAAUGGUCUAAGAAGGGUAAAUUCCCAAGUUCUUCAGAUACUAUAGGCUCUUCAUCUGUAACUGUUGGUUUGCCAUGAAUCAUUG